AUGAGUCGUCAAUUCGACGAAGAUACUACUAGUCAGUUGUUAUUAGAUGAUAAUAGUGACGAAGAAAACUGCUCUAAGAGUGAGAUAGAAGAGCACCUUGAGGCUGAUCCGGCUUAUGAAAUAGAUGGAACACUUGAGUUAGAAUACAUUUGUACACUACCUAUCAAGUUACUCGGUGGACAGUCUCCGCAUAAUGUUGACAGUUCAAAAAAACUUCAAUGUCGAGCGCUCACAGUGCUAUAA